CAAACUCUCCUCGUACAUGAUCAAGUAUGCGCAAUGAGCCUAGGACUGCCAUCAGCUGAGGGCGAUCAAAACUUACGGCCUCGGCUCACCUCCAGUCUCUGGAUGCACCAUGUCUUGUGCAUCGAACUGAAGAGAGUUGACCUUCUUGAUCUCCGACAGCUACGGAGGUCUCCGGCGAUUAAUGUAUACAGACCUCAAUGCAGCUCCUGUCCGUCCUCGUGGGACUUGUGCGGAACGGCAGCCAGCCACAGUGCAGAAGAAUGCGUUCAAUUGACCUCUCGGACCAGCCGUCGAUUUGCCGAUGGCUUGGAGGGACCACUUUUAUAGUCUACUGCGGCGAUUCACUCGGACAGGCAUGAAGCCACACCCUUGCGCCGUGUCGUAAGCAUCACACUAACCGACAAUUUACCUUCUUCGUCGGGCACGGUAUCCGCGACGGUUGCGCACUUCUCCGCUCGGUUCA